ACCCAACCAUUUUCUUUCAUCGACUUUCUCGUAAUCCAAACAGAAAAAAGAAAAUAGAAGAGAAAUGCCCACUUACAAAUUACGGGGAAUCGAUGUUGAUUUUCCGUUUGAGGCUUACGAUUGCCAACUUGUUUACAUGGAGAAAGUUAUUGAAGCUCUCCAAAGGAGGUGUAAUGCACUUUUGGAGAGUCCUACUGGAACUGGGAAAACAUUAUGUCUUCUCUGUGCCACAUUGGCCUGGAGGAAAAGUUUGGGUGGUUUUUCAACUGGUAGUAGUAAAAUAAAGAGUGGAGCCUUUGGGAGCCAAUCUGAUGUACGAUCUUCACAAUCUGAGGCCGGUAACCUUCCAACCAUUGUUUAUACCUCACGAACUCACAGCCAACUUCGGCAAGUCAUUCAAGAGUUGAGAAGAAGCAACUACAGGCCCAAAAUGGUUGUUUUGGGAUCUCGGGAGCAGCUGUGCAUACAUGAAGAAGUAAGUUUACUUAGAGGAAAAGCUCAGACAAAUGCGUGCCGUUCCCUUUGCAGAAAGGACUGGAAGCGUCGUUGCACUCAUUUCCCACAUGUUGCUGAUUAUAUGAAGAAUAACCCUCAUAUUGGAGAUGAACCUAUUGACAUAGAGGAUUUGGUGAAUAUUGGAAGAAAACAUGGGCCGUGCCCUUAUUAUGUAUCACGAGAACUACACAAGGCUGUUGAUAUUUUAUUUUCACCUUACAACUAUCUUAUAGAUCGUGAAUAUAGAAAAUCCCUUAGUCUUGAGUGGCACAAUAGCAUACUGAUUUUUGAUGAAGCUCACAACCUUGAGAGCAUCUGUGCUGAUGCAGCCUCUUUUGACUUGUCUUCUGGGCUGUUGACGGCUUGUAUUUCUGAAGCGAAAAAUUGUGCUGAUCUUGCUGUCGGGAGGCAAGAAGAAUCAUAUGAUAAAUCAUGGAAUCCUGAUAACUUUGCAAUCCUUAGAGCUCUUCUUUUGAAACUUCAGAAGCGAAUUGCUGAAGUUCCCAUCGAAUCCAAGGAACUUGGAUUUACCAAACCUGGGCCAUACAUUUAUGAACUACUAGCUGAUCUCAAUAUCACGCAUGAAACUGCGACUAAGCUUAUUGAUAUCAUUGAGGAUGCUACUUUGCUGCUUGAGGAAGAUAAAAAGCAUGACACAAAGGGAAGUGGAUGUAAGCUGGAAAGCAUUGGCAACAUCCUUAAAAGUAUAUUCACAGACAAGGGCAAUCGUCAUGCUGAUAGUUAUCGUGUUCAUGUGCAAGAGGCUGAGGUGAAGGCUACAGAUAUCUUGAAAGGUAAGUCAUCCAGGACACUCGGGUGGUGGUGCUUCAAUUCAGGAAUUGCGAUGCAAUCAUUCACUGAAAUGGGAGUUGGAUCUAUUAUAUUGACAUCGGGUACAUUAUCUCCCUUGGGUUCAUUUGCUCAAGAAUUGAAAUUAGAUUUUCCUGUUCAGUUGGAAAAUCCUCAUGUAAUAUCCUCAAAUCAGAUAUGGGCUGGAGUAGUCUCACUUGGUCCAUCAGGUCAUCCCUUCAAUUCCUCUUUUAGGAAUCGUGAUUCUCCAGAAUACAAACAAGAGCUUGGGAAUGCUGUUGUCAAUUUUGCUCGAAUUGUACCUGAUGGACUGCUUGUAUUCUUCCCAUCUUACUACCUUUUGGACCAGUGCAUUAGCUUUUGGAAGAACAUGGGUAACACAAAUUCAAGUACAAUAUGGGAAAGAAUAUGCAAAUUUAAGAAACCUGUUAUUGAACCCAGACAAGCAUCCCUCUUUCCUCUGGCAAUUGAGGACUAUAUGACUAAACUAAAGGACACCUCCACUUCCGGUGCAGUAUUUUUUUCCGUUUGUCGUGGUAAGGUCAGUGAAGGAUUAGAUUUUGCUGACCAUGCUGGAAGGGCAGUGGUCAUCACAGGGAUGCCAUUUGCUACUAGGACAGACCCCAAGGUUCGUCUCAAACGUGAGUACUUGGACCUACAGGCACAAUCACCCGGGGUAGGAUGUAAGAUGCUUAAGUUGUUAACUGGAGAAGACUGGUACAACCAACAAGCAUCAAGAGCUGUAAACCAGUCAAUCGGACGAGUUAUCCGUCAUCGCCAUGAUUAUGGAGCGAUUAUCUUUUGUGAUGAAAGGUUUGCUCAACCAAAUCGUCAGUCUCAAAUAUCUGCUUGGAUACAACCCCAUAUUAAGUGUUACACCAAAUUCGGCAAUGCUGUUUUUACGCUGACUCAUUUCUUUCGAGAUGGAGAAAGCCGUGGUCAUGCAAAGCCAGAACCAGAAGUAGCAUACCACAAAGGCAUCGAUUUAAGUCCAUGUUCUACAGCAUCGGCUCCUGAUGAGGGGAUCAAGGAAUCUUCAUCAGGAAAUAGAGCGGAGAUACAAACUGCUCAGCCUCUGGACAAAUCCUUCCGAAGAAAGCUCCCUUCUUGGUCUACAUCAAUGGCUAUACCUCACUCCAAUGAUAAACCGUCUUCUCUUUUAGAAGUUAAAAGCAACAACACGAGCCAUCUCAGAGAUAUUCUUCCUGCCAACCUUUCAUGUUUCACUCCUUGUAUGGAUUUGAAAAGGUUGAAGAGACCAAGUGAUCUAAUGAUCAAAGAGAAAAAGUUGCUAAUUACUGGAAAGGGGAAAAUGCAAUAUCAGAAUCAUGAUAAUAUUGAUUUGACUGGUGAUCUUUCAUUGGAAAAACAACAAAGUAAAGAGAAACAACCAGUGCCAUGUUCUAUGAAGAAACACAAGGUACAACUUACAGAGCAUAAUAGCAGUCCCAGUGUUAAUGCAUCAGCUGCCCAAAGAUUAGGGCCAAGAGAUCCUCCUGUCACUGAGACAGCGAAACACGACAAUCUUUCUGAUGCUACAUAUAUUUUGAAUGCUGAUUUUCAUUUACUACCCAAGGAUGCUGGAGCUGCAGAGGUGGAUACUAAGUUCCUCGAGCAUAAAAACAGUGAUGUUCGCUUAAGUGCCGAACAACGUGGUGCGGUGGAAACAAAAGGCUCUGCUUUUUUGAUUCAGGUAAAAGAGAAACUUAGUCCUGCAGAGUACAAACAGUUUGUGGGUUACAUGAGGGAAAUGAAGUCCAAAGUGAUAAAGAUUGAUAAUCUUCUGCAAUGCAUUGUGGGAUUAUUUUCAGGACCUGAGAGGCUUCCUCUUCUUGAAAGAUUCAAGGAUUACGUGCCUGCAAGACAUCAUUCUUUGUAUGAGCAGUACAUUGAAACAAGUGAAGAGACGCCUGACAACCAGAGGAACUAAACUCAUCUCAUCGGAACUUUAAUUAAGGGAUUCCAUGCGCCAAUUCGAAAUGGAAGUUUGAGACUUAAGCUUAAGUUGCUCAUUAAUGUAUAUAGAGGAACAAAACCUCAUUCAACAUGAAGGUGCUAUUCUGGUUUAUGAAGGGAUCAAGCCAAUUGAAACAACAAUAGAACUAGGAAUUUUGC